AAUAGCUAUAGACUUCUGUCAUUUGGUUGUUGGUCUCGAAAAUUUAAAAUAAUAAAAAAUAAAUACCAAAUUGAUUGUCGACGUAUAACCUGCAGUAAUAGAAACCCUCAAAGUAUCAUGCCCUCUCUUAAAAAUUUAAAAACCAAGACCCCAGUCAAGCGAACAUGGCAGUCGGCAAGUUUCAACUUAGUUGACAAUCUGCCUGAGAUCGCCUUAGCUGCCAUAGUCCCUUCCAGGCGCCAGAAGGAAAUCUGUGAGUUUAUUAACUUCCUUCUCCAUGCGUUAGAGAGAAACUCCACCUGGCUUAAUAACAUCCUCAGUAGACAGCCUUACUUCAGAUGCGCCUUCAUGCUUGGUGCCGGACCUAACCGCUUCCAAAUCAAAGACAUCAUCUACCCUUCCGAAGACAAGAACGUCAAACUUCAAAUCGAACUUAAAGACUCCGAGGAUUUAGACAAAAUUGCAAUCGCAGCACUAUUCAAGUUAACCAAUUCUGAAAUCCAGAAAAUCUUGGAGUACAUAAAAACUAAAUUGUAUGAUAACAUUAUUUUGAAAGACGACAUGCUGAAAGGCAAAUCUAUGGGGAUCCAGUACGCCCUUUUGAGACCGUUCAAUGAUAAACAGUACCGCGUUGCAGAGCGCAUCGUUGUCGGCACUUCAAUGAAGUGUAUGUUACCUGCUCGUUUUCGUGAUGACUCCCCAUCCAAAUCUCCACCAGCAAAGAAGAUCAAACUAGAAAACAGAAGGGUACGUGAACGUGUAGUGGCUUAGCACACUAGCAAACAGAAAACAUAACCGUAAGUGAGCGUUUCUUUUAUUUUUUGGCAUUUUUAUAUAUCGUGACAUUUUUUGCCACUUUUGUGUUAUUUCUACUCAGAAUCACGAGCUUUUUCGAUCCUAAUGGGAUAAAAAAAUGUCCCUGAGUUUUUUUCCUAUUGUGUUACCAUUUCCCCAUACACUUUGUAUGGCGGUAACAAAAAGGAAAGUUUGAGAAAUGUAUGGAAAUUUUAGGACACUUUUUUUCUCCUAUAAGGAUGAAAAGGGCUCGCGAUCCUGACUAGAAAUAACACAAAAAUGGCAAAAAAGGUUACAAUAUAUAAAAAUGGCAAAAAAUAAAAGAAACGCUCGUGUAACUUGUAUUUGACUCACUAUUAAAGAAAAACCUUGAUAAUCAGACACUGAAAGACAAGCGGCGCGAUAUGUACAUAUAAAAUACACUGAUCAGUGAGACAUUUGUACAUUGCCGCCCUAGGUAUGCACUAUGUAUUCCAAUUCCCGGACAAUAUGAAAUAAAAUGGUCAACAGUUACGGCGCACCGCGGUGUGUCAUUGCGUAAUGGCUUCAAUUUGGUGCGACUGGGACGCGAAGCGCACUAAAUUAUACUCAUUUUUGCGAUGAUCGCUUCCGAUUACCUGUGAUGGCGCGCUCGCGUUACCGCGAACAGUCCGACUAACGAGCGCUCCGAUUCAACAUCUCACAUAUUGUAAUAAAAUGUACAGGAAAACUGCUUGUGUCAUUGGUAGUUUUUAGACGAAGUGGGCCAGGCGUAUCGGGCGGUUUUUCAUCUCCAGCGAGCGGCCGGGAUCGAUAUCUUGGGAAUCAGGGCAACCGUGCGCUAACUUACAGCCACAAAUCCUUCCUCCAGAAAUUAUUACAAUGGCACUCCGCCCCCGCAAACAGAAACUAUAGUUUUUCGUCGGAUGCUGCGGUGUUUGAGAAACUUUCCGAUGCUUAUCGGUUGGCAUAAAUCAAUUGAACCUUGGCAGAGGCCGCGAAAGUCGGGCUCUGAGCCCUUUUUCUAACUCGGGACCCGCCAUUCGGAUUAAGGAAAUGCUGACCGUUACGUAAUUGGCGUAAUAUGUGAUUUAUUGGUUCUGAGAAUUUGUGUGUACGGAAUAUUAAGCCGUUACUUAAGUUCUGGUUACAUAAAUCGUGGUUUCGAAAAGGCAAACAUUGGCUCUAGUUACGAGUACAACCAAACCGGAUAAGAAAUGUAAAAGAAAACUUCAUUAUCUUACUUGUAUUAAUAUUUGUGAAAACAUUUUUAAUUUUUAAGUUUUCACUUAUUAAAAA